CGAUAUCUUUAAUUGCUCCUGGGUUGUAUCAAUACCUACCGGUUUUACUGCUCCAUCACGAGCCACUGGGAACGGGUUGCCCGGGAAACGGCCGCAUGGCAACAGGAUCAGAGCCUGGGGGUUGUCUGCUUCUAGGUCUGCUCCCAUUUUACAUCGCAUUUCCUCACUAGAUGGUGUGCAAGCCACUGGAGAGUACACUUCCCCGCACAGUAGUGGGCUCUACAUCCAGCAAAACAAACCUGGGAAACUAUACGGCGGACCAUUUCUUUACGGGGCUCCGAGGAGGAAAAGUGUGGAAAUAAAGCGUCGUUCGCGUCAAGGUUUUCAUUUUUUAAGCUAACCCCCCUGUUUUUAGCAUCAAGAAGACUUGGGAAAAGGCGACAACAAAACACAGCUGUGAUGGACAUAAUGAUUGCGGUGCAGGAUGCUUGUGUCUCUGGUCAGUGGCUUACUGCGAUAAUUCUCAGCCUGUGCUGCUUUCUGCCGUCCUGUUUGCCCGCUGGACAAACUGUGGACUAUUCCUCGGUUGAAAGUGUGGUCAGCAGACAAGGCGACACGGCUCUACUGAGGUGCUACCUGUUGGAUGGGAUCUCUAAAGGAGCCUGGCUGAACCGCUCAAGCAUCAUAUUCGCAGGGAACGACAAGUGGUCUGUGGACCCACGAGUGUCCAUCGUGUCCAGUGUUGGCGACAAACAUGAGUACAGCCUUCAGAUACAGAAAGUGGAUGUAACUGACGAUGGCCAGUACACAUGCUCCAUUCAGAGUGAGCGCAAUCCACGGCCAAAGCUUCUCAACCUUAUUGUAAAAGUUCCUCCCAAGAUAUAUGACAUUUCGUCUGACAUCACGGUAAACGAGGGCAGCAAUGUGUCGCUCAUCUGUACAGCCAGUGGGAAACCUGAGCCAACCAUUUCCUGGAGACAUAUAACCCCAUUAGCCAGGAAAUAUGACAGUGGCGAAUAUCUUAACAUCACCGGCAUCACAAGGGACCAGGCUGGAGACUACGAAUGCAGCGCUUUAAAUGACAUCGCCUCUCCUGACACCAAAACAGUAAAAGUCACAGUCAACUUUGCCCCAGCUAUCCAUGAGAUGAAAAGCCAUGGAGUUGGCUUGGGGCGCACAGCUCUGCUAAGGUGCGAGGCAGCUGCUGUGCCUUCUCCAACAUUUGAGUGGUACAAGGGUGAGAAAAGGAUUAUCAAGGGUCAAGGCAUCGACAUCAAGAGCCUCAGCUCCAGAUCAGUCCUCACAGUGACCAACAUGACAGAGGAUCGUUACGGGAACUACACAUGUGUCGCUUCCAACAAGCUAGGGACAGCCAAUGCCAGUGUGCCUCUCAUUCCAAUUAUUGAACCCACCACCACUAGUGCUGUCUCAAGCCCAGCACCCAACACUGCACCCUAUGGGAGCACAGGAGGCGCACAUGUCCCGCUGGCCUGCCGAUACCUGGUCCUGGCUCUCUCCUCCUUCAUCAGCGUGUACUAGCAGAGGCCAGCCCAGACACAAUGACUGUCGAGAGCAUUUAUGAAUCCCUUUUGACAUUGCUGAUGGCUGGAUUCCAAUCUGGUACAGUUUGUUGAAAAGCCGAGUGGGGAAAAUAAUCAGCGUUACUGUGUGGGGAAAUUUUUUUCUUUACUUUUUGGUGAAAUUUCUGUCAUGUAAAUACUAUGAUGUUUUUUUAUUAUUAUUAUUUCCUCUCUAGUUUUUUUUUUUUUU